ACUUCUUUUUCUUAUUCAGCUCAAUAUGAAUCAUAGUGCUGUACCCAACAUUCCUGGAAUCCCGGUCCGAGAUGAUCGUUUUUUAAAGGAAAAGAUUGCAAAAUUAUUAAAUAUGCGAAGCUACAGAUUUCCAGGUGCACAACCUGUGAGCUUUGGUUCUGCACAAUUAGAAGAACUUGAAAAAGAAGAUUACUUUGUCGCCGAAAAAUCAGAUGGUGUACGGUGCCUAGCAUUGCUUACUGUGAACGAAAGAAACGAACAAAAAGUCUACUUGUUUGAUCGUAAAAGCAACUUUCACGUAGUCGAUAAUAUACGAUUUCCGAUCCCUCAAGAUCCCUCAUUUCGAAAAUGUCUUUCGGAUACCAUUAUUGAUGGCGAGUUUGUUCUGGAUACUGAACCUGACGGCAGUACUACGUUACGAUUUUUACUCUUCGAUUGCCUAGUGAUUGCCAAAAUAUUAUUAACAUCACGGGAUUUAAUGAAGCGGCUUGGUUACCUUCGCAACGAGAUAAUACGUCCACAUCACGUCAUGUUAAAAAGAAAUCCACAUAUGGUGAAACACCAGCCAUUCAGUGUGGAAUUCAAAGAACAGCAAUUUACAUAUCAUCUUGAUACUGUAUUCAAGCAGAUCAUUCCUGCAUUGAGGCAUGGUAACGAUGGACUUAUAUUCACAUCGGUCGUAGCACCAUAUGUGUUAGGAACAUCUGAAAAAAUGAUUAAAUGGAAGCCUGCCAACGAAAACUCAAUUGAUUUUAAAGUACAUGUGACGUUUCCUGGUUCGACACUUCCAGACGUACCAGACUUGACGGCAAGACCACGAAUAGAUUUGCUUGUAUGGAAAGGUGGUGAUAGAUACGAGUAUUUCAACGAGCUUGGUAUUACGGAUAUGGAAUGGAAGCAGACGUUUGGCAACACACCGCAAAAAUUGCAAGGGCGUAUCAUCGAAUGCAAUUAUGACCCUGAGGCGCAAGAAAAAUACAACUUGCAGUCGCCAUGGCGAUUCAUGCGUUAUCGUGACGACAAGCCUGAUGGAAAUCACAAAAGUACUGUCGACAAAGUACUGAAUAGCAUCAAAGAUGCUGUAACACAAGAAGAGCUGAUAGCAAGAAUUCCGAGCAUACGGGAUGCAUGGUCAGAGCGAAAGAAAAAGGCAUCGGAGAAAAAGGCAGAGGAGGCAGAGGAUAACUUAUAGAAAGUUCUUAUACGCAUUAUGCAUGUUUUCCCUUUUCUUACCUUUGUACGACGCGCACGGACCAGCAACACACAACAUUAUUAACACCCAUAUUUACAUAAUCCACACAGAAUGUGCACGCAACC